AUGGAUGUUGCUCUCGAAAAGAGAGUACGAGGAAGAACCAAUAAUUAUUUUGCGUUUACUUUGGAAGAUGCCAGAAUGUUGGAAGGAUGUAUUGAAUACUAUGAAAAUAUCUUGAAAUGCAUUGAUUUAAUUCAGGAUGAUAAAUUAAUAGAUGUUGUAAAGAGGAAUAUGAUCGAUGUUUAUGGAAUGUUGGGGAAAAUUUAUUAUUACUUGUGGGAGGAUGAACAAUCAAAUAUUUCAUUUCAGUAUUGUAAGACACUGUUGGAUGAAAUAAUUGAGAGAAAUAAUGGAUUUAUAAAUCCAAAUUAUCAGGAGUGGAUUUUUGAAUGCUUGUUAUCUAAAAUUAUUCAAGAAUUGAAUUCCUCCUCUCAAAAAUCAGAGUCUUUGAUUACCAUGAUUGAUAAUUAUGUAGAGACAUUUGGUGAUAGAGCAACUAAAGAUUAUGUAAAUAUGUCGGAUAGAGAUUUUGUAAAAACUAUCUCACAACAAACCAAUUGUGACAUGCAAUCCAUCAAGCAAUUUCUACAAUUUUCAAAAAUCAAAUAUUUUAAAUCUAUUCUAAAUGAUGAUGCUCUAGUAUCUAGUAUUAGUAAUGGAAUAGAGUUUGUUAAAUUGCAAACAAAUCAUGCAUUAUCAGUUGCAGAAUUGGAAUUUCAUUUUGGAGUGGACGAGUUCUAUUCUCGACUUGGAGCUAUUUUAACAAACCUUGGUAAAUCAACAGCAUCCUCAAACUACAAUCACUCACUAUUGAUACGUAAAAACUUUUUUCUAAGAACUCUGAUGAAUAGAAUUAUUGAUUAUCAAAAUUGUGGAAUGGAUGGUUCAAAUGGAAAAACUCUUCUCUUUGCUUUGUAUUAUUAUUUAUUGUCUCUAUUAGAGGCCUUCAAAUUCGGUCCACUGCCAUCAAUUUUAAUAGCAAAGGAACCUUUUAUCUAUAUCAACCAUCUUACUCUUGUUAUUUAUGAAGAAAUUGAGCAGAACUUCCCUGUAGAAAGCUAUGAUCAAUUAUCUAGUAAUAUUAAAAACAGUGCUGAGAUUUUGGAUAAAGCUAAUCUGCUGUUAUAUAAACGUUUCUGUUUGGAAUUAUUGAAGAAGAAUUUUAGCAAUGACGAAACAGUACACGAGGAUUUGAAAACCAUACAAAUGUUGGAAGAUCGAAAUGAAGAGGAAAAAUAUUUGAGUUUGCAAAUUCCCUCAAUCAAACGACACGAAUUGUGUGAUGUUACUCUAUUAUUCCAUGAAUAA